UAUCUCCACUAUGAGCCAAUCAGAAAUUUGUAUUUUGAAGAUAAAAGUAGUUUAAACGAUAAAUCGUGUUUGUGGAACCGGCCCUAAGAGUUCUGGGCAUUUGGACAAUGACGUCAUUGGAUCCUCUUUUCUGAUUGGCUGACUUUACGAUGCUACGUUGUCACGCCGCAACUAUCAAUACCAUUUUGAGGGGCCAUCUCUUUACGAGACGAAACGUAAAUAAAUCCCCUCAAAGUAAAAGUAAUUUUUUUUUUAAACGUGAUGUCAUUGGUCCCUGCGCGAGCUUGACCAAAAUACGAUCGCUACCGGCUAUACCUCGUCUAUUUGUAUCAUGGCCAGUACUACGUGUAUCGCCGUGUCCUUGUUUAUGUGGAUACAAUUGAAUGAGACACAUUCAUGCUCGCAGUACUGUCAGUGCACCACGGAACCAAUGUUCGGAACGUAUCAUAAACAAGGAUACAACGAGGGAUGUUUAGACAAAAGAUUUAUUCCAGUUAGUACUGAUCUAAUGGAAUUGACAAAAACAUAUUUUUACUUGUAAGAAAAAUUUAUGAUUGUUUGAUUCCUUUAGAUCAGUAAUAAUUAAACUAGAAUAAGACCGCCGUAUAAGUAUAGUCAGUGAAUUUUGGAACCAGAUAUCAUCAAUGAAAAGUAGUUCGAAUUAGAGAUGGAUGCAAGUAAAAUAAGGGUCAACCCAAAUCCCAGGGAAAAUGCAACAACAAUCUCCGUCUUGUUAUGGUGGUGGACAAUAAAGUUAUUUAAAAAAGGUUAUAGUAAGAUAUUAGGCAUUGAGGAUUUAUAUAAUCCUUUAAAAACUGAUGAAUCUGCAGUGCUAGGUGAUAGAUUGGAAAAACGAUGGAAGAUUGAAUUAGAAAAUUCGAAAAAAUGUGGUAAAAAGCCGAGUCUGCUAAAAGCAAUUGUACGUACUUUUCUGUGGGAAUACACCAUUCUUGGCAUUAUGCAGAUAGUAAAUGAAUUUGUCAUCAG